CAACAAUAUUCCUCAAGGAAUUGGUUAAAAAGACGAACAAAUAACUAAAAUUAGAUUAACAAUACCUAAUAUCUUGAUGCUCGAAUUAUAAUGCUUAUCUAUACCCUUCCAAUUCCCUCUCCCCUCACCAUCGUAGCCGAGCCUCUAACCCCCACCGCCUUCGCCCCCUUCGGCGCCGUCCUCACAAACCCGGCCCCUGAGACUCGGCCUCCAGCACCGGCUUCGGCGCUUCCUUCCGGAUAUGGCGCCGUCUCCGCUAACCAGGGCACCGCCAUCCAGUACCGCGCCCUGGCGCCUCCGCUGAAGAACCUGUACGAGCAGGCGCGUAGCCGGAAACCCGCAUCGCCGCGCACCACUAUGUUCGUGUGCGGCGCGCGGCAGCUCGUCCCGGACGAUCAGUCUAGCGGCAACGGUGGUGACGGCCUCUUCGAGGUCAAGAUCCUCGAGCGCCACCCUUUCACCACCCAGACGUUCGUCCCGCUAGGCGCUUCGGCGGAGACGCGGUACCUGGUCAUCGUGGCGCCGAGCCGCGCUCCGAGCGCCGCAGACGAGGACUUUCCUGUGCCGGAGGGCGGCAGCCUGCCCGGUAGAGGGCUGCCGGAUCUGCGGGGCUUGCGCGCGUUCGUGGCGACGGGCGCCCAGGCUGUGACGUACGGCGCGGGGACGUGGCAUGCGCCGAUGGCGGCGCUGGGGCCUGCAGGGUCUGCGAUCGAUUUUGUUGUUAUGCAGUUUGCUAACGAUGAGCCUGUCGAAGAUUGUCAGGAGGUCGCUCUUGAAGGGGUAGAUGGAGGACGAAAGGGAGGCCAGGGGCAGGGGCAAGGAGAUGUCCCGAGAAUAAUGGUCCGGGUGCCGCCGGGUAAGAAAAGGGCAUCGAAACUAUAGGGUUAAUAAUGGAUACGGGUUCAUUAUGUGACUGUGUGGACAAUAAGGGUUGAAGCUGUAAGUUAUGAACUCUUCGCAAAUACCGACUGAGAUUGAUAUGCCCCCUCGAAGCGGUGGAUUCCUCUACCUACCUUUUAACUGUUUGAGCUAAAGCAUAAGUCCGACGUCGACGGCGUUAUAAUGGAUACUCGCUGAUCUAUGAAGCCAUACACGAGGGUAUUCAAAUCACGCAUUUUACACCGUUAAUUAUAUGAAACCUCAAUUCAAGGCCCCCGCAAUUUCGUAACUAAGGGAGAAGUAAAGCAAGAAGUGGGAAGUCGCAGCAGAUCCAUCUGUGCCUGUACGGCAGUACGGCCACCUAGAACAGGCCCAGGUCCUGCCUACUUGGUGGAUGGAUACUAGGUACAUACCUCAGGUAGUGUACGUCGUAACUGCUUGCGACUUCCCCGAAUAGCGUCGUAAAAGGAAGCCCCACACUAGCCACCAUUGAUAUCAACAGGAGCAUUGAGUCAUUUGACCGUCCCUCCACUAGUUUUGUUCCCCCUUCCUCUUCUUCUCUUCCUCAUCUUCCCUUCCUUCUCUAUUUUCCGAUUUCUUUUUAAUCCAUUGCGGGCACAUCAACAGUUACUCAGGGCGACGCGGCCGCUUCGGCGGCCGUUAGCCAGCAUGCUACUACCUAGCUUGGUAGAUGGGG